AUGGAGGGGGGCCCGGCGGUCUGCUGCCAGGACCCUCGGGCUGAGCUGGUGGAUCGAGUGGCAGCCAUUGAUGUGACCCACUUGGAGGAGACGGAUGGCAGCCCUGAGCCUCCCAGGAACUGUGUGGACCCUCCGUCACGGGCCAGAGCAGCCUCCAUGAUCCCCGGCGUUGCUUCAAGACACCCUGCAACCCGGCCCAGCCUCUCAACAAGGAAGUUCUCUCUGCAGGAACGGCCAGCGGGGAGCUGCCUGAAGGCCCAGGCUGGGCCUUACGCCACAGGGCCUGCCAGUCACAUCUCCCCGCGGGCCUGGCGCAGGCCCACCAUUGAGUCCCACCACGUGGCCAUCUCGGACGCAGAGGACUGUGUACAGCUGAACCAGUAUAAGCUGCAGAGUGAGAUUGGCAAGGGUGCCUACGGUGUGGUGAGGCUGGCCUACAAUGAAAGUGAAGACAGACACUAUGCCAUGAAAGUUCUUUCCAAGAAGAAGUUACUGAAGCAGUACGGCUUCCCACGUCGGCCUCCCCCAAGAGGGUCCCAGGCUGCCCAGGGAGGCCCAGCCAAGCAGCUGCUGCCCCUGGAGCGGGUGUACCAGGAGAUUGCCAUCCUGAAGAAGCUGGACCACGUGAAUGUGGUCAAGCUGAUCGAGGUCUUGGAUGACCCAGCUGAGGACAAUCUCUAUUUGGUGUUUGACCUCCUGAGAAAGGGGCCGGUCAUGGAAGUACCCUGCGACAAGCCCUUCCCCGAGGAGCAAGCUCGCCUCUACCUGAGGGACAUCAUCCUGGGCCUUGAGUACUUGCACUACCAGAAGAUCAUCCACAGGGACAUCAAGCCAUCAAACCUGCUUCUGGGGGACGACGGGCACGUGAAGAUCGCUGACUUCGGUGUCAGCAACCAGUUUGAGGGGAACGACGCUCGGCUGUCCAGCACCGCUGGGACUCCAGCAUUCAUGGCCCCCGAGGCCAUUUCAGACUCCGGCCAGAGCUUCAGUGGAAAGGCCUUGGAUGUGUGGGCCACAGGGGUCACGCUGUACUGCUUUGUCUAUGGGAAGUGCCCGUUCAUCGAUGAUUACAUCCUGGCCCUGCACCGCAAGAUCAAGAAUGAGGCCGUCGUGUUCCCCGAGGAGCCAAAGGUCAGCGACGAGCUCAAAGACUUAAUCCUGAAGAUGCUAGACAAGAACCCCGAAACGAGAAUUGGGGUGCCAGACAUCAAGUUGCACCCCUGGGUGACCAAGAAUGGGGAGGAGCCCCUUCCCUCGGAGGAGGAGCACUGCAGCAUGGUGGAGGUGACGGAGGAGGAGGUGAAGAACUCGGUCAGGCUCAUACCCAGCUGGACCACGGUGAUCCUGGUUAAGUCCAUGCUGAGAAAGCGUUCCUUUGGCAACCCAUUCGAGCCCCAGGCACGGAGGGAAGAGCGAUCCAUGUCCGCCCCAGGAAGCUUACUGUCGAAAGAUGGGUUUGGCGAAGGAGGCAAAAGCCCAGAGCUGCCCGGCGUCCAAGAAGACGAGGCUGCGUCCUGA